GCCUAGGUGUAAUGCUGCCCCUGGUGGCAGCAGUACGUAUAACACAACACAGAGGGAUGUAGAGGGAAAGAGGGAACAUGAUGCUCCUCCUCUCUCCGCACAUUGCCAAAUACUUCUGAAGGCUUGCUCUAACACUUACCCCAUACAAGAGCCUUUUUGUGUUUCGGCAGGAAAACAACAUGGCAGACGUUGCCGUCCAAUCCGACGGAAGAAGCGGCGGAAUUGUGAUUAAGGAUGACUGGCCAGGCUACAGUUUAGACCUCUUCAGCUAUCCAGCUCACUACUCUGGGGAUAUAGACUGUGUCAUCAUUCCGCAUGGCGUGAUUAUGGACAGGACAGAACGUCUGGCUCGAAACAUCAUGGAUGACCUGGGGGACCAUGACAUCGUGGUGCUGUGUGUGCUGAAAGGAGGCUACCAGUUCUGUGCAGACCUGGUGGAAAGGAUUAAGGCUCUCAGCCGCAACUCCAACCGCACGAUCCCCAUGAGAGUCCACUUCAUCCGGCUCAAGAGCUACCUGAAUGACCAGUCGACAGAGGAUCUUCACAUACUCGGAGCAGAGGAUUUGUCUUUUUUAGCUGGAAAGAACGUACUGAUUGUGGAGGCCAUUGUAGGCACCGGAAAGACAAUGAAAGCUCUCCUGAAUUAUGUUGAAGCCUUCAGGCCCAAAAUGAUCAAAGUAGCAGGAUUGCUGGUGAAGAGAGUGCCACAUAACUCAGCAUGUCUUCCUGACUAUGUCGGCUUUGAGAUACCCGAUCGGUUUGUGGUUGGAUAUGCCUUAGACUACAAUGAGUAUUUUAGAGACUUAAAUCAUAUCUGUGUGAUCAGCGAAAGUGGGAAGAUGAAAUACAAGAUUUAAAAAAAAGGACGGCAAACGGAGGCGACUGUCACACAGAUGUCAUCUGACAGCAAGCCUGAACAUUUUCCCUGAGAUUCCAUUCACUUACAGCUGCUAUCGUGACAUUUGAUCUCAAGCAUCCCCUGUUUUGUUAUAACAUUCCUUCUGUGAAACGUUAAUCCGUUUAACAAUAGACACUGACAUUUAACUGGUAAUUUUAGCAAAGCAUGUGCAUGCUUUACCAUGUUUUUCUAAGUUUGCAUGUUUGCAGAAGUAGUAGAUGUUUAUGCUAGGGUACUACUACUGUUUGCCUUUGUUAGUUUGACUAACAAAUGACAUCUCAAUUUUACUUCUUUGUGUAUGCAAUGUAAAUAACUUCAUAAUCAUUACCUGUAUGAAUGUGAUUUUUUUUUAAGUCAGUGUGUGAUGAGGUAACAAAGGAAACUGUUUAUUUUAACAUGAAAGGGAGUUGUUUUAUUAGGAAAGUAGUGAUAUACUGUAGUUUUACAUUUUCUACACAUGUACAUUGCCUUUUUGAUGUUUCAUUAGGUAGUUCUCCUGCUGUCACCUUUAAUGCUCAGGGGCAAACAAAGUAGUUUUGUAAAAACUGUAAGUGCACUAACUACAUUACACAAACUACUACCAACUAUGUACCCCUUAUUGUUUUUUUAAGUAUUUGAGGUGUAGUGGGGUACUUUUGUCAUUUCUGCAUUUUCUUUUAUAAUUUAACAUACAGUAAAGUAUUUUUUAGCAUUUCUGUGUUAUUGGCCACUGCAUUAUUCUCACAUUCUCUGUUGCCAUACAAAAUGCAUUUUCAGAUGUUGAUAAAAAAUUUGUUUAAUGUGG